AAAAAAAAAUGGCUCCUGUUUUCAUCCUAAUUACAAUAGCCGUUAUCAUGGCCUUAUCUUCUACCUACGCCAAUGAUAAUAAUCCUUUACAAGAUUUUUGUGUUGCUGUUCCAGAUGCUUCCGCUGCUGUGUUUGUGAACGGGAAGAUAUGUAAGAACCCAAAACUGGUUACAACCGAUGAUUUCGUGGCUACGGGUUUCGAAGUUCCAGCAAAUACAACCAAUCGUUUAGGAUUUGGAGCAGCCACCGCUGAUGUGAACAAGAUACCAGGUCUCAAUACUCUUGGCCUAACCUUAAUGCGGUUUGACAUUGAAUCCAACGGCGUCGUCCCUCCUCACAUUCAUCCUAGAGCGACAGAGAUGUUCGUCAUCGUAGAAGGUACAUUUUAUGCCGGUUUCGUCACCUCGAAUCCAAGUGAUGGUACAAAGAACAAGCUAUUUGCAAGAGAUUUGAAUCCAGGGGACGUAUUUGUGGUUCCACCCGGGCUUGUACAUUUUGUAAGAAAUGUGGGAAAUACCAAAGGGUUAGCAUAUGUGGCUUUCAAUAGCCAAAACCCUGGUUUUAUCGCGGUUACUACUUCGGUUUUUGGGACAAAUCCUUUGAUUUCUACCGAAGUUCUUACUAAAUCUUUCCAAUUAGACAAAAAGACGAUUGAUUAUCUCCAGUCAAAGUUUGGAGGUUAUUGAUUGUUUAUGGUUAUGAAAGGAUGCCAUACGUUAGGUAAAUUUGCGAGUCAAAAAUGAAAUCUUAUUUUACGAUGAGU